CUCUGUCCUGGAACCCUGCACCCCUCUGUCCUAUCUCUCCAUCACUUCCUAGUGGGACUCUCCUGCAGCAUCCAGUGAGGCCUGCAGCAUCACUUGAAGAACCCAAAGAGUCAGGAACCAUGCUGACCAUUUUGGCGCUAGCGGCGGUCAUACUGCUGGGAACAGUGCCCCAGCAGUCUGAGGCCAUCGUCAUCUACACGGGCUGGGAGCGUCACGCCCUGGUGGGCUCCGACAUCCGUCUUUCCUGCUCCUUCUUCUCCUGGCGCUGGACCUCUGAUGACGUCACCUUCUCCUGGAGCUACCGGCCCGACGGUGCCAGGGACGCCAUCUCUGUCUUCCACUACACCGGUGGAGCUCCCUACGUAGACAACAAGGGACCCUUCAGAGACAGGCUGGAGUUUGUGGGGAACCCUGGUCGCCGGGACGGAUCCAUCCUGCUCAAAAACCUAGACUACGGAGACAACGGCACCUUCACCUGCGAUGCCAAAAACCCACCUGACAUAGUGGGGCGCGCCUCCAGUGUCAGACUGCUGGUCUUUGAGAAGGUUCCCAUCCAGGCCGGAGUGAUCACGGGGUCCAUCAUCGGUGCAGUGCUGGGUCUGUUGUUGCUGAUCGUUGUCAUCUACUAUCUCAUGAGGUUCCUGGUGGCCCGCAGAGUCUUCAACCUCAGUGUCAGCAAACAUGGAAAGAAAGGGAAAGGUAAAGAGGGAUCACAGCAGAGACAGGGCCCAACUCUCUCCAUCGGGGACCCGUCCAAGCUGAAGGCCGCCGCCUCAGAAAAGAAGAAGCAGGAGUCACGCAAGGAUAAGAAAUAGGAUACGGGGAGCAGAGAGCUAGAGCCCCAACACACAGCCCAGCCCAAAGCAAUGAGACAGGCAGAGAGAGCAGGAACAGGGGGAGGGGACUCACCCAAGGGGGCAGGGCCUGGUAGGGUGCUGAUGACCAUCGAGCUGGAGCUCACCAAGUGGGACAAAGAGGGGGAGGGGAAGGGGGGUGGUUCCGCCUCGGCCAAAUCAUCCAGUUUCCUGUCCCUGUCCAAGCUCUCCAAAAACUGGCCCUUAAAUAAGUGAAUGAGAAUCAUACUGGAGAGGGAGGCAGCGGAGAACCUUAAUUAAGGAGGCAGUCUUAGAGAACUGUAAGGCUGUGUCCCAAAUGGCUCCAUAUUCCCUACAUAGUGCACUACUUCUGACCAGAGCCCUAUGGGCCCUGGUCAAAAGUAGUGCAGUGCACUAAAUAGGGAAUAGGGUGCUAUUUCGGAGGCAGCCUAAGUCUGUCUUCAACGGUAUAUUCUUUCCCACAAGAUCUAAGCCUUUACAACUCAAAGUAUAUUCAUCGUGAUCUCAAUGCCACACUGGGGUGAACAUAGACACAAUCGUGAUACAAAAAAUAUGAUAGCUCAAUCAAUGGAAGUGAAACACUUCAACUACUACUGUCAGGUCAUGAAACAUACCAUUUGAACCAAAUCAAAUGCCAUCUGACUGCUAGUUUGAUGACAAAAUCUUAAAAGCUAUUCCCAAGUUUGCCUUUCAUUCUGACAUCUUAGAUGUGAUGCAAGGCAGUAUUCCUCAACUACGCCUGUCCGACACACAUCAGAGAGUCCUGGCUACAGGGACCACCCGAUUUGUUCUUUUGUGUCUGUGUCCCAAAUGGCACCCUAUUCUCCACUCAGUGCACUACUUUGACCUGAGCCCUAUGGGCCCUGGGGAGAGGAUCUGUCAAAGUUUGACUUGCCCUCACACUGACUGAUGUUCUCUCUUCUUUCUCCUCUCGUCUUUCACUGGGAGCACUUUUAUUCUGACUCCUCUUCGUUAAAACUGUAGAAGUUACAAAAAAACUUUGAAUGCUUACUCUUUCUCAUCCUAUCUUUUCUAUCUCUCUUUCUCUCAUAGAUUUUCUGAAUCUUAUUUCUCAAAGACUCAACUUCCUCCCACUUGACUGCUUCAGCUUCCAUACGCCACACCCUUUUAGACCACACCCCUUUCCUCCUUCCCCAACUUUUGAUGCACUUGUCCUAUCUCAUUAACUCAUUAAGUCCUGCCUAUAAACGAGCAGUCCUACCGAGUUCAGCGUUUGUAUGAUGAGGCAGAACAUACAACUCAUAACCCAUUCAGCUAGCAUCAAGGCAGAGCAGACCCAGUAUAGACAUGCAGUGUAACAAAUGGACCCACCAGGCUAUUGAAUAGAGAUACAAAUACCAACAGGGAGAGGUCAAAUAGUUCCUGAAACCUCUGUUAAUGCUCCCUGCUGCUCAGUGCUCAAUCAGAUCAGGUGUGAAGAGUUUGAAUGCACCCUGUGCUGGACAAGUCAGAGUGAGGGAGAGAAAUAUGAUUCCUAGCUCUUACCUUGUGUAGAUGGGUUCAAAUUGAAGUUCAUAUCGCCGGGUGAUUCACUCCCUUCACAUUUGAGCUAAUGGAGGCCGUAGUGCUGCCUUUCUGUCACUGCAAGCUGGGGGCUCGGUUAUUCCUGUCUAUAAGGGUGUAGUAGAUACAGGCUUACUGUAACAGUUGCAAUUUAAAGCAGAGUAGAAAAAGCCCUGUUUGUUUGUGUCUGAGAGUACAUCCCAAAUGGCCUGCUAUUUCCUAUAUAUUGCACUACAUUUGACCAGGGCCCAUAGGGCUCUGGUUAAACAUAGUGCACUAUAUAUUGUAUAGGGUGCCAUUUUGGACGCAGACUGCUUUGAAUUCUGUGACUGAGUCCUUGAAAUGACGUCACGUUGACAGCCAGUGGACAUUCUCAGGCCCUGACAACAAAGGGAUACUCCUCCUUUCUACUCCUCCGUGUUAUUCUGGUCCCGUUAAUCCCUUCUGCACAUUUCUCCCCCCUAUUUUAGCACUUGCUGGUAACUGGAUCUCUCUAUCUCUCUCUCUCUCUUACACACACACACACACACACACACACACACACACACACACACACACACACACACACACACACACACACACACACACACACACACACACACACACACACACACACACACACACAUAUACACAUACUGUCUUUCUCUAAUUCUCUCUCUCUCUCUCUCUCUCUCUCUCUCUCUCUCUCUCUCUCUCUCUCUCUCUCUCUCUCUGUGUCCUUUAGUGACGCUAAGCUAUGUUCCCUCAUAGACUACCCAAUCCACUCUAUACUUAAGCCUCUGCUAUCUAGCUUUAUCAGACAAAGCCAGACCCCAUCUCAAACAAACUCAGCAAUUCUUUUUUUCUUUUCUUUCCUCUCCUCCUCCUCCUCCCUCUUUUUCAAACUCAGUGAUGGACACCUCUCUCCUCCACCCCCCUGAUCACCAACGUCCCUCUCACUCACCCACCAAUGCCACCAAACCCCUGCACGUUCGUUCACCUACCUUUUCUGCUGGUUGGAAUGCCACGUCGCUCUCUUCUGCCCCCUAUUGGCCAGGGAUGGAAACUGGGCAGAAUCAUCCAUGUUAUUAGUUCUCAUUGAAGACUUUAAACUAGCUAUAGCUCUCUGCCGGUCACAAAGGUGCGUGUUUUAUGUGUGUCUGUGUGUCUAGUCAGACUGUCAUGUCAAACAAAAGAUGAUAAAAACACUGUACAUGCAUGUCAUUCUAAAGUAAAGCAAAUAAUGAAACAUUUUACUGAACAAGUGCACAAAAAUGCUUGUUUUGUUUGAGGGUAGGCAGAUGUGUGAUAGUAUCUUCUUAUGACAUUUUAUCACAUUGAUGCCCUUGUUCAUGGAGGGGGAUCUGUGUGGCUGUUUUUAUUUUGGUGCAUAUUUUCCGGGGGCGGGAAAUCAAUAUUUGUUAUUUUAAGGUGCAAGCUGCAUGGGGAUACAGGAGGCACUCGCAAGGUGAGGGAGGUGAUGAUGAGGAGGAGGAGGAUAAGGGAGGUUAACUUCAGAUGUUGCUGGUGGUCAUGUGAUUGGAAAAAAAAGAACAGGUUGUUGCUGGGAUGAAGAUACUUUGGA